AUGAUGAAGCAAGAUGAAUCUGUUUUGAAGACACUUGAAAAGAAAACAACUCAAGAAAUCAGACAGAGUCCAAGAUUACAUAAAACAAAAACGAAAAAGUCGAUGAAGCAAGAAAAAUCUGUUUUCAAGACACCUGAAAAGAAAACAACUCAAGAAAUCAGACAGAGUCCAAGACUUAAAAUGAUUGAAUACAAAAAAUCUGUGACUCCUAUUAAAGUUGAAGAUAGCCUUGUAAAGAAAGAAUCUGAUGAAAAAAUAACAGAACAGAGAAAAGCUGUCAGAGAAAUGGGAUUGGGAUCUUUGCUGAGAAUUGCAACCAAUGGAAUUUCUGGGAAAUUGGCACGUUUUGUUGUGAAUUCAUUCAAUCCAUCAGAUAUGAAAAUCCAUCUACCUAAUGCAAAGAUAGACAUAACACCAGAACUUAAUAAGCCUGGAACUUGUAAGACAACAGUAUUGCCACAUUUGUUAGGCAAAACACCUAUGAGAGAAAUUGACUGGUGUGGUUUUAUAACCAAUUGCUUAAAAAUGUCAAAGACGACAUGGGAUGAAACCGAUAGAGGAAACUACUAUUGUGGGCCACUUCUUGUAUUAUUGCUAGCUUAUUUGGAGUUUAUGAGAAAUGAUAAGAAUGAAAAAAGACAAAUACAUGCACUACAUUUUUGGGAUUAUGAAAUGAUGAUGAAAAGGGAAAAAGCUGAGUUAAAGAGUGGUGACUUUGGAACUUUGGAAUGGAAUGAUGAUGUUAUAGAGAAUGAUGAAGAAUCCGACACCGAUGAAAAUGAAGAUAUGAAACUCGAUGAAUUGGUAUUCAAAGCGAAAAAGGAUUACAAAAAACUAGUGAAUGAUAAAAUGAAGUUUGGAAUGUUAAUUGAGUUUUCAACAACAAAAUUCACAGAAAGCGAUGAGUUGAAAGAUAUGAAGAAAGUCUUUGAACAAGAAUUCAUUUAUAAAACUCAAAAUGAAGAUGAUGCAAAAGGUGACAGGGAUGAAGAUGAAAAAAAAAGCGAAGAGAAUUUGAAUGAACAUGAAAUAAAGAAUCAAACAAUCAUGGAAGGAGAUGAAAGCAGUGAAGAUGAACACAUGAAGAAAGAAAUAAAAGAUGAAAAACUUGAUGAAGGAGAAAGUUAUGAUUCAGAAGAAACAGAAUGUGACAAUAAUAUCUUGGGAAUUGAAGAUGAUGAAGACAAAAAAAAAGAGAAUGAGAAGGUAUUUCAGACUAAGAGAGGGUAUGUGCUUGGAAGAGGAAUGAUUGAAACAAUGCAGGCAAGAUUAUGGGUACAUGCACAUGUCAUUGAUGCUUGGACUGAUAUUUUGAACUAUGAAGAAAAGCUUAAAUCAAAUUCUACACUGAAUCGGUAUUUCUUUGAUACAUCAAUUGUGAGACAGUUCAUAUUUGACAAAAAUAUCCCUUUCAAUCAAAGAUUUGAUAAAUUUGAGUCAAAUAUCAAAGAUGCAAUGAAAAAGGACAAAGAACUUCUGACAUUUGAAAAAGUUCACUUGGUGUUUUUACCAGUUCUUCAAAAAAAUCACUUUUACAUCAUCUGCAUAAACUUAGAGGAACCAACGGUUGAUGUCAUUGACAACAGGAAUUCAGUCGCAAAGUUUUCUAGAGCUUGUCGUGAUGCACCUAAUGAAUUGGUACUUGAUGAGGGUCAAUCACAAAUCAGCUUUAACUUUGGAGGGUGUUGA